GGGAAUCGGAAGUACGAACAUGUUUGGGGGAAAGCGAAGAAAGAGAGACAGAAAGAGCGGCUGAAAGAAGAAAAAACGCCUAACCUACAAACCACGGAACAGGUACGUCGGGCACAGCGGCAGCUACCAGCUUUCAGUAGGUUUGCUACAGCGACUCCAGCAGGACGCAUUCGCACAGCUCGUUCGGUACUGCGCAAGCGGACAGUACCACGCAGUAGUAUCACGCAGGGAUCGCGCGAACUAAGACUUGUUUUUAGUGCGAGCAGGGGAUUUAAAAAAUAAUUAAAUUGGGUCCCGGAACACCCCGAAGUGCGAAGUGUGUCGUUCCAGACAUUCCAAGGACAUUGCUUGGAUGUCACCGGUCAAGUAACUUUCUUUUCCUGAAGUAUCCCGUUGUGGUUAGUGGUGUGAACUCGAGCCUUUGGAAAGUGAUAGUGGGGACCAGGAUCACGAGCGUCCUCUUGUGAGCGUGAGUGUGAUCCUCACACGUACACUCACAGUCCCACACACACACGCACACAGUGUUAUUAGUGUCAGUGUCAGAAUUUGUUGUAUGCAAAUUUGAAAAGCUGAGCUGCGACUUGGUGGUGUUACCAGCCAGUGCAUGUGGGUUACCGGAAGAAGCGAAGAGUGCAGAAGUGCAUAACAGUGUCUUUGUGUGUGAUUGAGCAGCGGAAUUCGCUGCUAGUUGGUCAAGUGUCAAGGGUGGAGUGUGUUAUGCUACAGGUGUGAAAGUUUAACCACGUACAGUCCCAGUGGAGUUCCCAACAGCGAGCCUAACCCAACGAACAGACGGGACUGCUUUUGCACAGGGCCAGCGGGUGUCCGACGGCUAACGGCUCAAUAUCUCUACAACCAACUGACUUCAACUUCAACCAACCAAUUCUUAGCAAGCAACGCACCCUAGGUGAAGACAUCAGGGGCGAUCUGUUUUUGUCGUAGAGUCUAAAGAUCCUGCAACCGAAGCCGUACUGUUGCUGUCGGUAACCUCAAAGGAUCCCAGAGAUCCUACAAAAAAAAACCCUUUCCCCGACGAGGACCCCGUCCCAACAGCCAGACGACACAAAAAUGCUUCGUUGCCAGCAGCGAAGGUGCCUCGGGCAGAUGGCGCUACUACUGCUCAGUUGCAUCUUGCUUUCCUGCACAUACGCCGAUGAAGAGGAAAACUUCACAUCGGCCAGCCUGGUGGCCGGAACCGGACCGGUCGCAGCGUCCAAGGGCUGCCCCUUCCCGGGCGUACCGGCCCACGGGAGCGUCAUCUUCUCCGACGACUCGCUGGCCAACAACACGGUGGCCACGUACUACUGCGAGCGGGGCUUCGAGCUGCUCGGACCGUCCCGGCGCGCCUGCAUCGACAGCCAGUGGAUCCCGGAGGGUAUUCCAUUCUGCGUGCUAAACGUAGCGGCGGGUAAGGCGCCGAUGCAGAUCUCGACCGAGGCGUCGGGCAUUCCACAGAAAGCUAUCGACGGCUCGACGUCCGCCUUCUUCUCGCCGGACACCUGCUCACUGACGAAGCCGGAGCGCGUCCCAUGGUGGUACGUCAACCUGCUGGAACCGUACAUGGUGCAGCUGGUGCGACUGGACUUUGGCAAGUCUUGCUGCGGUAAGGGCAAGCCCGCCACCAUCGUCGUGCGCGUCGGCAACAACCGGCCCGAUCUGGGCACGAACCCGAUCUGCAACCGGUUCACCGGUUCGCUCGAGGAAGGCCAGCCCCUGUUUCUGCCCUGCAACCCGCCGAUGCCGGGCGCAUUCGUGUCCGUCCACCUCGAGACGAACGCACCGAGCCAGCUGUCCAUCUGCGAGGCGUUCGUGUACACCGACCAGGCGCUACCGAUCGAGCGGUGCCCCGCCUUCCGCGACCAGCCGCCCGGUGCGUCCGCAUCGUACAACGGCAAGUGUUACAUCUUCUACAGCCGCCAGCCGGCCACGCUGCGGGACGCGCUCGCCUUCUGUCGGGCGCGCGGCGGCACCCUGAUCAACGAGAGCAACCCAGCCCUGCAGGGCUUCAUCAGCUGGGAGCUGUGGAGACGGCACCGCAGCGACACCUCGUCCCAGUACUGGAUGGGUGCGGUGCGGGACGCCCAGGACCGCAACACCUGGAAGUGGAUCGGCGGCGAGGAGGUGUCGGUAUCGUUCUGGAAUCUGCCCGGCGGCGACGAGGACUGCGCGCGGUACGACGGCUCCAAGGGAUGGCUCUGGAGCGACACCAACUGCAACACGCAGCUCAACUUCAUCUGCCAACAUCAGCCGAAGGCUUGUGGACGCCCUGAACAGCCGCCGAACUCGACGAUGAUUGCGCCGAAAGGGUUCGAUGUCGGUGCGGUGGUCGAGUACAGCUGCGACGAGGGUCAUCUGCUGGUUGGUCCGAAGCAGCGCACCUGUCUGGAGACUGGCUUCUACAACGAGUUCCCGCCUGUAUGCAAAUACAUUGAGUGUGGACUGCCCGCCUCUAUACCGCACGGAUACUACGACCUCGUCAACGGCACGGUCGGCUACCUCAGCACAGUCAUGUACCGGUGCGCCGAGGGCUACGAGAUGGUUGGUCGCGCCGUACUGAUCUGCGACAUCGACGAGCGCUGGAAUGGACCGCCACCACGCUGCGAGCUGAUCGAGUGCGACCCACUGCCGACCCUCUUCCCGAACGGUGUGAUCGUGUCCACCAACCAGACGGUGUACGGUACGCGCGCCGAGGUCCACUGCAACCGUGGCUUCGUCCCAGACGGCGAACCCGAGAUCGUCUGUACUGCGUCGGGCCAGUGGAGCCAUCCACUGCCCAAGUGCGUCCCCGACCAGAGCGCCGGCCCAGUGACGGUCCGACCGAGUGCCGCGUCCACCACACCGGCCUCUUCCCGUGCACCCCCGGUGCUGAUCGUGUCACCCACCACACCCGCCUCGAUCGGUGGCAUUCCUUCGCGCGCGCGGCAGCCUACCGGAGGACGGCGACCGGGCAGCACGGUGCGCUAUCCGACCCAGGCUCCACCCGCGAGCAGCACCGUCCCGGCGGCCGAGUCGACCACCGCCUCGAUCGUGGUCAACAUGGCCGGCCCGACGACGGCACAGCCGAGCCGCACGACCAGCACCACCGAGUCGCCGCUUUUCAGCAUCGAGAUCGAUGACGAAGUGCGCCCCGGAUCGAUGGGCGAGGAAGCGGGACGCCCGUACCGGCCGCAGCAACCGUCCGUCGUGAUACUGUCCAAGGAGCCAGGAUCGUCCUCCUCCUCCUCUUCCUCUUCCGCCUCGAAACCUGCCUCACCGAAGCCCGCCGUCUACGAGCCGAGCAGCCCGCCGGCAGUGGUAAGCGUAACGCCACAGGUGCAGACGCACCGACCACAGGUAACUGGCACGACCGGGCGUCGUCCGAGCACGACGACGACGACACGCGGCCGCCAUCCAGCCCACGAGCAGGACAUACUGCUGUCGCACCACCCGCAGGACAACGAGAUCCCCGGCAGCGUCAACAUCCGGCAGGACCAGUCGCCCAAGGUGAACGUACCGUUCGCGGUGAACAACGUGGACGAUCUGGUGCCGGCGGACGGCAGCAGCGGCAGCAAUGGCGGCACCGACGGGCUCAUCACCAGCUUUGGCGGUGCAGGUGGCAGCAGUGGCGCAGGAGGGCUGGGCGGUGCGGGCGGUUCCGCUGCCGGCGACCGGAAGGAGUCGAAGAACGCGAAGCUGAACCUGGGCGCGAUCGUCGCGCUCGGUGCGUUCGGUGGGUUCGUCUUCCUGGCCGCCGUCAUCACGACCAUCGUGAUCGUCGUACGAAGAAUGAACACAAUAUACACGACAGCUAGAGUGCACAAGAAGAACACAUUCUCCUACUCCUAAACGGAAACGCAUGCUUUCCGACCGCAGGCAACACGGCUUGCAACGCGUUUCCGCCUCCCCCCGGUUUCCGCUUUGUUUAUCUCUAAGUAGCAGCGUAGUAGUAUAAUAUUUAUUGCGUGGGUUAAAGGAAAGGUUUUGUAAAACGUUAAAGACUUAACAUGCAUCAGGGAUAAGCAGUAGAAUUCAGAUUCAGGCAGCAGUGUGCUGCGAGACUAAAACAGCAAUACAGUAGCGUAGGUGUAGUACUAAUGAUAUCGCUCUAAUAUCCCCCAAAAACACACACACAAAAACUAAUGCCAAAUCAUGAUUUGGGUAUGUGUGUGUGUGUUUGAAAGAUCAAUCGCAAUGCACUAAAUGUCACGGUGACAGAAUCGUUGCCAGAUGAUCCGGAAACUAACUGAGCAACUGUCACUCUCUGAGUGUUAGCAUAUCUCUGAGUGUCUAUCGGUUUGGAGAUAGGCUGAAACCGUCGUCGGCUAUCAAUGAGUAACCGCAAUGUUGGACAGCCGACUUCUUUUGGUCGUUGGUCGUGUGACAUUUGUGUUGGAGCUUGCUUUAUUUUUUUGUUUACUGUUUGGAGGAUAGUAGAUGUAAUCGACCGAACUCAUCUGGAAGAGAUCGCUCGCAACGAUAAGUAUUUGUACGUGAUUAAGCUUAAGCAAUGCAAACUUGACAGAAUAUACAGUAACAUAAUCUAGAUAUUCUAGAGAUAACAUAAACAAAUGAUAGAAUUUGAAAGGUAAAGCUCCGAAUGGUUAGGUUUUGUUGCGCUUCUUGGCUACGAGAACGCGAGGCUGAAGUUCGGCUGGUGGAGUGGACGAUCCUGGAGCCGCGACGGGAGGGAAGGAGAAUGUGCCGGUGAUGGUGUGGUUGUGGUUGUGUUUUUUGGUGCGUAUCCUCCCCCCCCCUCUCUUUCCCCCCACAUUCCCCAUUUAUUAGUUAUCGCUGCCACCGGGAGCAAAGCAGUGACGAUAGUUCUAAGCCGCCCUAGUGGUUGGGUUACACAUCUAGCCAGGGUUUGCCCUCUCUUGCUGUCAAACGGCACCAUGUCGCAUGUCGCAGGAUGCCAAACGUCUACCCAACCGACACAAUCAAAAUAGUGUACUGUCACCACACAAGCACAAGGACAACAGUAAAUGAAAAACUAAGAACAACACGUGCGUAAACCUGCAUACACCGUUGGGCCUCGACAAGGAGGAUCGACCAUGAUUCGGAGACAUUUGUUGGAGCGAGACUUUAGAGCCGAGGAAGCCGGUACACAUACACAUUGAGGUUCAGCCGACCGAUGGACCGAUGGACAGCUGACCGGAAGUGGUGCGAUUUUCAACGACGACGGGCUACGAUUUUUGGCUGUGGGGUUGGGAUGGGUGCGGUAGUGGUAGUGCAGACACGUGUUUGGGGUUGGUAGUAAUAGUAGUGGUUCCUCCCUGCCAUCAGCCGCGGGAUGGAGACGGUGGAUCACUGGACAGUCCCCGCCGAGCCGUUCGUCUACGUGUGUGUGUGUAUGUGUGUUGCAGACUCAAAAACCUCACCGCAUGCAAUGGCGGCCCUCUGACUGAAAAUGACCGACCAGGCUCGUACUUCGUGUACUAUUUCUAGCUAUUCUCAUAACUACUUGUACUGUUACUGCAACUACUACUACUGCUAUUUUAUUACUACUACUACUGCUAUUUAUGCUACUACUACUAUUAUUGCUACUACCUGCUCCUGCAACCCCAGUACUAUAAUGCUACCACAAGUAACAAUCACCUGCUACUAAAAACCAAACAACAACAACAAACAACUACUACAAAAUCCAUCACUGCAAGAAGUGCCAUAACCACUAGCAAAAUAGAAACAACAACUAGCCAAAAAAAAACACACACACACAAAAUGCCCGAAACAAAAGGCAAAAAUGGUCUGGAUAGCGCCACGCAAACACGCAAACACACAAAACUUCUGGUGGCCGAAAGCAGUGCCCAGUUGGUCGCACAGGAAACCAAACUGAAUCAUCCAGAAACACCUUGCGGUAACGCGCCAACCCAAAACCCCAAACUAACGUACUACUACUACUACUACUACAACUACUACUUAUUCACCAACAUCCAACCCCCACCAACCAAUACAAAAAAACCAACCAAGCGACAGGUCAUAGAGUCCCGUAAAU